ACUCAUCCCAAGCAUCCGGGCCAUCCCAAACAUCCCGGUCACCCCUCCCCCAGCCCGCCCGUCAGCCCGGUGACUCCAACCCCAGUCCCGGUGACGCCGAAACCAACACCGCUGCCGCCUACACCAUUGCCGCCGGUUCCUGUGACUCCUACACCGGUGACUCCGAUACCGGUGACGCCGGCACCGCCAGUAGCACAAUGCUCGGUUGAUACUUUGAAGCUGGGGGCCUGCGUAGACCUAUUGGGCGGGCUGGUGCAUAUCGGGCUUGGUGACCCUGUUGUGAACCAGUGCUGUCCUUUAAUUCAGGGACUAGUGGAGCUGGAGGCUGCGGUUUGCCUCUGUACUACCAUAAAGCUGAAGCUUCUGAAUAUCAAUAUAUAUCUUCCUCUUGCUCUGCAGCUGCUUCUUACUUGCGGCAAGACUCCUCCGCCGGGCUUUACUUGCACCCUUUGA